AUGCUGCGUCUUUGGCAGAGCUCGAAAGAGCUCGAUGUCACAGACGAUGAAGAGGCAUCUUUCCUCGCCUUCAACAAUCCCAAGAAACUGCCUGCUUGGCUGGAUCACUUCAAUGCGAAGGACCUCAAGAUCCUCUUCAAAUGCUCCCUGGCUGUCUGGAUCCUGACGCUUUUCAUCUUUAUCGACGAUACACUUCGACUCCUCGGCCAGGCCGCGUUUUUUGGAUGCAUCGUCCUAUUUAUCAUGCCGCCAUCCGGCGUUGUCUUCAUUCACGUCAUGGCCGGCCUGAUGAUUUGCGUCGGAAUCGCCCUUGGCUGGGCCUGGGGCGUCAUCAGCAUGAAAGCCGCUCUCGCGACGAGGCCUCAAGCCGACUUGCAAGCUCGAUACCAGGAAUUGCAGCAAUCGAUGCCACAAAACACCACCAAUGCUGAGCAAGCCUCUGGUCAAGGGACAUACACGCAGAUAGCCAUUUACGAAGGCUUCAUGCUCGAUACCCGAGUGUCUGUCACGUACUUUUGUAUGCUGGGAUUGUUUGUCUACUUCAUGGCUCGCGUCAAAGUAGCCGCCCCGAAUCUGGCUCUCGUAACAUUGUUUUCCAUGGUGGUUGCAGAUAUAUACUUUACCACGGCGCCGCUUAUCCCGACUUUCCAAGGAACAAUACCCAAAACGCUGAUCCUCCCAACUGCGAUCGCGGUUGGAAUUGGCGCCGUGUGCAACUUGCUUCUCUUCCCACAGUCUACAUCACAAAUCAUGCUCGGCGACAUGGCAAGCCUCUUGCGUCAAAUGGACAGCUACAUCAAAGCUCAAGCCUGGCAUUUCAAGGCAAGGGCCAGAUUCGAUGCGGCGCGGCUGCAAAAGUACAAGGGCGAGUUGACGCUGGUCUACAAGAGCAUCGAAUCGGCCGGCAAGUUCCUGCAGUUGGAUUGCUCAUAUCGCAGAUGGAGCCCCGACGACAUCGACAGUCUCCAGAAACCUCUACGACAAGCCUUGGUUUCUUUGCUAGACCUGCUGCAGCUUUCGAUAUCUCGGCAAGAGCUCGCUGCCAAAGACGAGGCCCUCACGAAAGCUGCCGCAGCGCUAGAAGAUUCCGACGGUAAACAGCAACCGCUAGCCUAUCACAUCGCCAAAGCAGCCGACUUGCGCGAUGCCACGAGACAUCCUGAUACGGAAGAGAUGAUAGCCAAGUCGACUGAAGCGCUGACAUCUUGUGCCACGCCUUUGUUGCACGCCCUGAGCCAAGGCAUUGGCGCUAUCAUUGAGGCAUUAUCUACGGUUCCUCAGGACGACACGAUACUUGAGCACGAACGAGCCGGCAGCUCGUUGCAAGAGGCGCUAGAGGAUUUCCAGGAAUCGGCCGCAGAGCAUCUCAUUGCUCCCCACUCCCACCUUUUCGAUGCCGAAGGUAAAGUCAUAUACGCCGAUAAUCGUACGCCUCCGUUUCUUGGCCUGAUGUCGGGUUUAUUGUACCAAGAGCGGAUAAUCAACAUUUCCAACGACGUCAUGGCGAUUCUGGAUCGAGUGGUUGAGAUUGAACGGGCCAGAAGAACAAAGCGCGUAUGGCUCCCCAAGGGCCUCAAUCGAAUUGUGUCUUUGGGCCUGUCCCAGGAUCAACCUCCAUCUACCACUCCUGGUGCCCUGGAUCUUACCCGGACCAUGUCGGCGAUAUCUAGACCAGAGAAGAAGAAUCGAUUUUUCAGCCGGUCCAAGGACAAGACCGAGGCAGAAGUGGACAGAACCGCAGCCACGCUGCUGGAAAGCAUGCAACGACCGACCGGCCGCCAACGUCGGACACCGAGUGUGGUUUUCCUCGCCUUGAUCAACUUCUUCACCAACGUCGAGGGCCUGCAUGCUUUGCGCACUCUGGUCUUGACAAUUGCUUUGGCCGUCCCUGCCGUCAUACCCUCAUCCGCAGGCUUCUACUACCGCGAGAAGGGAAUGUGGGCGCUGAUCAUGGCGCAGAUGGCACUUGAACCCUUCAUGUCCGACUUCGUCUCCGGCAUUGUUAUUCGUACUCUCGGCACCGUGGCCGGAGGCGUGCUUGGCCUGGUGUGCUGGUAUAUCGGCGCUGGCAAUGGUCCUGGAAAUCCCUACGGACUGGCUGCCAUUAUGGCUGUUGCCAUCGUCGGCAUGAUGUGGUGGAGGUUGUUCGCUCCGCCCGAGCAUAUGGCGGCGGGCAUCAUGCUCACAUCGACUAUGUACAUGGUCGUGGCAUAUAGCUGGGUCGACACGCAUAUUCCCAGCUAUGGCAACCCGGGGGUGGGAUACGAUGUGCUUUGGCGCAGGAUCCUCCUGGUGCUUAUUGGAUUCGGCGCGGCGGUAUUGAUCGCGCUUCUGCCACGGCCUCUUUCCGGGAAUCGGCAUUAUCGCCAGAUCUUGUCCAGCCAAAUUUCCAGCGUGAGGGAUCGUUACGCUUUGCUCAUUUCGACAUGGCGAUCGCCUCCGGAGGAUCUUGUCGAAGUUGUUGAAAAAGCGUCGACCGUAUCUGAAGAACUCCUCAACUCGAUAGCUCAGCCGAUUGAGAAGACAAGAUUCGAGUUCUCAACGUCCAACAUCGACACCAAAACCCUUAGCCUCUCAAACCAUCUUUGCAACAACCUCAACAUCUACAUCACGCAGCUCACCCUGACAGUUACGAAACUGCCGCUUCCGGCUCGUACACUGUUCAUGCGUCAGCUUAGUGCCGGAGACGAGAAUCUGAUUGCGGAUAUCAUGUCAACCCUGACGCUUGCUCAACACUCUUUGGCCUCCGGAGACCCGCUACCAGCAAUUCUACCAACACCGUUGGUGGGCAGGGCGAUGCAGUUCAAGAAGUUGCGGGGGGAGUUGCAGGCAGACGGCAACGCAAAGGACUUCCUGGCUGGUCAGGAGGGGAGGCACUGGAUGGCAGCCAUGUAUGCUUUUGUGCGGUUUCUUGGAACUGUAGAUGAGCUCAUAGCGCUUCUUAAGCGGGCAGUUGGCGAGACAUCUUAUAUAGAUGCUGAAGCUCUAGGUGGUAAUGUUCACUAG